AAAGGGCAGGACCUAUUGGAAAGCGGACCACGCCUUCUCGGCUCAUUGGCUGUUUCUGUCAAUUGGUCCGCCUUAGUUUACAGAAGCAAUUCAUUGAGUGGGCGACCCCCUGUCAAUAAAAUCUCUCAGCGACACAGCAAAUGUUUGCUUUGGAUUUCCACUGGUUUCUGAAGCUGUCAAUCAAUGAGCUGCCCACCCCCCUCUCUCUCUGGACCCGACACUGGUUGCAGUUCGCUGUUGAUAUUGGAGCAGAUGCUGGAAUAUAAUAAAAGAUAAGAACAAGGUAGGGUGGCGGUGAGGGAAGCAGAGCCCAGCUUGAGCUAACACAGGAAAUACAACAUGACAGUACGAAUGCAACAGUGAGAGUUGGAGAGAACCUGGUGCAGGAGGAGAGGUGCCGGGACAGGAAUUUGAAAAUGACUUUAGCUCGCCUGCGCUUCUGCCGCCUCGUCCUCCUGAACUUUCUCCUGCAUAGUCACCGGAGCGCUGCUAACGAAGUUGUUUUGCUGGAUUCCAAAGAGUCACAAGCUGAACUAGGAUGGACAGCUCACCCAUCAGAUGGAUGGGAAGAGAUCAGUGGAGUGGAUGAAAACUAUAAACCAAUCCGCACUUACCAGGUCUGUAACGUCAUGGCUCCCAAUCAAAACAACUGGCUUCAGACCGGUUGGAUUACACGGCGGAAUGGCCAGAGGAUCUUCAUUGAGCUGAAAUUCACAUUAAGAGACUGCAACAGCAUCCCAGGAGUGGCUGGAACAUGCAAAGAGACGUUUAACCUUCACUACAUUGAGUCAGACAGUGACCUUGGUGGAAACAUCGAGGAAAACCAGUAUGUGAAAAUAGACACCAUUGCAGCGGAUGAAAGCUUCACACAGGGAGAUCUUGGAGAACGCAAAAUGAAACUCAACACAGAAGUUCGAGAAAUUGAGCACCUCGGCAGGAAAGGAUUUCACCUCGGCUUCCAGGACGUGGGAGCUUGCGUGGCCCUGGUCUCUGUAAGAGUUUAUUACAAAACCUGCCUUUCCACGAUGCAAAGUCUGGCUGUCUUCCCAGACACCGUGGCAGAAGCUGCCUUUUCGACGCUGGUGGAAGUGCGAGGAUCGUGUGUUAAUGAUUCAGAAGCCGAAAUGGGAAAUCCCCCUCGGAUGCACUGCAGUGCAGAAGGUGACUGGUUGGUACCGAUUGGGAAAUGUACUUGCAGUGCUGGCUACGAAGAGAAAGAUGGCAGGUGUGAAGCAUGUCCACCAGGGUUAUACAAGAUGGCGGCUGGCGAAGCAGAAUGUUCCUGGUGUCCUGAGCAUAGCUACACAGAAGAAGCAGGGUCUGUGCAGUGUCUCUGUAAGGAUGAUUACUAUCGAAUGGCUUUGGAUCCACCAUCAGCCCCCUGCACUAAACCCCCAACUGCUCCGCAAACUCUCGGCUACAGUACCAGGCAGUCGGCAGUGCUCUUAGACUGGAAGCCCCCUGAGGACAGUGGGGGUCGGACAGAUGUCAUGUACAACGCUCUGUGCAGUACCUGUGCGGUGACCCUCCAGACGUGUGGGCCGUGUGACAGCCGCAUUGAGUUUGUCCCCCAGCAGCUGGGAUUGGUUGAUACGGCCGUUACUGUGGUUAACCUGUUGCCAUACAUCAACUAUACCUUCAGGGUGGAGGCUGUGAACGGAGUCUCGGACCUGAGUCCUGCUCCGCGGAUGUACGUGGAGAUUACAGUGGCCAUAAGCCAAGGAGGAAUAUUACAGGUGACAGACAUCAGGACAGAGCGUGUUGAACAGAAGAGCAUUACCUUGGCGUGGCAAGAGUCAGACUAUUCGAGUGACAAUGAUACUGAAUAUGAGAUCAAAUACUAUGAAAAGGAACAGAAUGAUCAAAGUUACUCAACAGUAAAAACUGCAUCAACUUCCGUGACCAUUAAUAACCUGAAGCCUGGGACCCUCUACGUGUUCCAAGUCCGAGCUUUCUCGUCCACUAACUACGGGAACUACAGCCCAAGCAUUGAGGUGCAGACAUUAGGGGAGCUUGCCAUGGCACCCAGUGAGCAAAAUCCGGUGAUAGUGAUCGCCGUGGUUUCGGUGGCCGGCCUGAUUGUUCUGGUCUCCAUGGUCUUUGGAUUUAUCAUCUGGAGAAGGCAUUGUGGGUACAGCAAGGCCAGUCAAGAUGGAGAUGAGGAGCUUUAUUUUCACUUUAAGAUUCCCAGUCGAAGAACCUACAUUGAUCCAGACACCUGUGAAGAUCCCAUCCAAGCAGUGCAUCUUUUUGCCAAAGAACUGGACCUUUCCUGCAUCAAGAUCGAGAGAGUUAUUGGAGGAGGAGAGUUUGGGGAAGUAUGCAGAGGAUGCCUUAAGCUCCCCAGUAAGCGAGAGCUCCCAGUGGCCAUCAAAACACUGAAAGUUGGCUGCUCAGAGAAACAGAAGCGCACCUUCCUGACAGAAGCAAGUAUAAUGGGGCAAUUUGAUCACUCGAACAUCAUCCGGCUUGAAGGAGUUAUCACAAGAGGUAAACCCAUGAUGAUUGUAAUUGAGUACAUGGGAAAUGCAGUGUUAGACUCCUUCUUGAGGAAACAUGAGGGCCAGUUCACAGUUAUUCAGCUUAUUGGCAUGCUGUGUGGAAUAGCGUCUGGGAUGAAGUACCUCUCCGAGAUGGGCUACGUACACAAAAUCCUGGCAGCCCACAAAAUCCUGGUCAACAACAAUCUAGUGUGUAAAGUGGCAGGCUUCCGGCAGGCACAUGAAGAGAAGGUGGACUCGGUGUUCACAACUAUGGGUGGAAAAACCUCUGUCCUGUGGGCUGCUCCAGAAACCAUCCAGUACCAUAGAUACAGCACAGCCAGUGAUGUCUGGAGUUUCGGGAUAGUCAUGUGGGAGGUGAUGUCCUAUGGAGAACGACCUUACUGGGACAUGUCUAACCAAGAUGUCAUUAAAGCGGUUGAAGAAGGUUUUCGUCUCUCUGCUCCCAUGAACUGCCCGUCCAGACUCCACCAGCUCAUGCUGGAGUGUUGGCAGAAGGAUCGCAAUGAUCGGCCCAAAUUUGCACAGAUUCUGAGCAUCCUUAACAAGAUGGGACGCAAUCCCGAAAGCCUGAAAACCAUUCCCAAUGGCUGCGUCAGCAGCAGACCUCAGAACCUGCACAUCCCCCUCGUAGACCAAACGUUCCCAGCAUUCCCAUGCUUUGACUCAGUGGGCGAGUGGUUGGAUGCCAUUGAGAUGGGCAGAUACAAGGACAAUUUCACUGCUGCUGGAUACUGCUACCUGGAGUCAGUCGCGAGAAUGACAGUUCAGGAUGUAAUGAGCCUGGGGAUUACAUGUGUUGAACACCAGAAACAAAUCCUGAGCAGCAUUCAGACUCUACGAGCACAGGUUAUACAAAUGCAUGGACGAGGUGUUCAGGUUUGACAGCGGCAUCCACCUAGGUCUUCUCUGCAAGCUGCAGUCUUGACAAAUUGCUAACAUGAACUGCUCUUUGGAAAGCAGUGUGUUUACAAGAUGAUGCCAGUGUGUGGGAUGGCCAGGGAUGAGGACCCAAGACCCAGACUUUAUAUUUUUUAAUAAAAUGAUUCCAGCAGGGGUAUCUUAGAAUGGGUUGCUCAGGCAACCGGCUACAUGGCAUUCCUGUAAAACAGAUGGAGGAGGAAAAGACCAAGAGGCAAACAGCAGUGUGUCGAGUUCCCUUUUCUAUAUUGACUGUUUUCAUUUGAUGGUUGUGUUUCAGUAAGCACUGUUCACUCUGAUAAAUGAGGAACUGGUACAGCCACUCUGUGUCACCAGACUGUGAACUUAAACAUCAACUUGGACGUGAAAACUUCUCUUUUAAUAUUCGGUUGAAGUACUUUGAAUAUUCAGGAUUGUGUGUUCAAAUGCCAUCUAUGAAAACAUCUUUAGUCAUAUAACUCAAGUGCCCAAAUUCUUUAAAGCCUGUGAGUUGUGUGUGUUUGAAAUGUAAACUUCUGGCCAAGUAUUUUUGUGUUGUGUUGGCAGUACGGGACCUCCAAGAUUGAAAUGUCCAAAAACUGACCUGCUUAGCAAGUGCCUGAGGUGGGCCACCUUUGUUGGGUAAUUUUAUGACGUCGCAAAAUAGCCGUGAGCUAGACUUUAAAAUUGAACCCAGAUGGUACAGAUUGAUCAGCAGUUAAUCUUGUGGCCUUCAAAAUGCGGCACAUCUAAAUUCUGCACUGUAUGUGUACAGGGCAGCAAAUCUUAGGAAUUGUCCAAUUGAAACAUAAACAAUAGGCCCUCAGGAUUUGGAAGUGAUAAAAAGAAACAGACAAAUGAUUGCCCUUUUUACUUUCUGGCUAUAUUAAUGAAAUCAAUGAGACCUGGAUCAAGUAGACAGUGGUGUUAUUUUGGACAGAUGGGGGCAAAGAUAAUUCAGAUGGUCUUGGUGGGGCGGACUAUGGGUCUUGGAGUAUUGCUCCCAUUCAGACUCCUAGCAUUUACACAAUUUUGAAUAUUUUCAAUCCAAUUUCUUAGUUUGCCAGACACUUGGAAUUACCCCCACAAAGACCUCAUGGGAAACGCAUGGCAUAGUGGUUAGUACUGCUGCCUCACAGUGCCAGUGACCUGGGUUCAAUUCCAGCCUCAGGUGACUGUC